CAGGUGGCAGCCUGGGCUCCCGGCAGGCGGCGGCCCUGCAACUCCUGUGCAGGGGCCGGUGGGCCUGUGGGCCCGGACGGCUAUGGCAGUGGCCACCGCAGCGGCACUACUGGCCGUACUGGGUGGGACGCUGUGGCUGGCGGCCCGGAGGUUCGUAGGGCCCAGGGUCCAGCGGCUGCACGGAGGCGGGGAGCCGGGCCUCAUGCACGGGAAGACCGUGCUGAUCACGGGGGCGAACAGCGGCCUGGGCCGCGCCACGGCUGCCGAGCUGCUGCGCCUGGGGGCGCGGGUCAUCAUGGGCUGCCGGGACCGCGCGCGCGCCGAGGAGGCCGCGGGUCAGCUCCGCCGCGAGCUCGACCAGGCCGGGGAGGCCGGGCUGGGCCCCGACGCCGCCGGCGCGGGCGAGCUCGUCGUCAAGGACCUGGACCUCGCCUCGCUGCGCUCGGUGCGCGCCUUCUGCCAGGAGCUGCUCCAGGAAGAGCCUAGGCUGGAUGUCUUGAUUAAUAACGCAGGGAUCUUCCAGUGCCCUUACAUGAAGACUGAAGAUGGGUUUGAGAUGCAGUUUGGCGUGAACCAUCUGGGGCACUUCCUGCUCACCAGUCUUCUUCUUGGACUCCUCAAAAGUUCAGCUCCCAGCAGGAUUGUGGUAGUGUCGUCCAAACUUUAUAAAUAUGGAGACAUCAACUUUGAAGACUUGAACAGUGAACAAAGCUAUAAUAAAAGCUUUUGUUAUAGUCGGAGCAAACUGGCUAAUAUUCUCUUUACCAGAGAACUAGCCCGCCGCUUAGAAGGCACAAACGUUACUGUCAACGUAUUACAUCCUGGUAUUGUGCGGACGAACCUUGGGAGGCACAUACACAUUCCACUAUUGAUCAAACCACUUUUCAACUUGGUGUCAUGGGCUUUUUUCAAAUCACCAGUAGAAGGUGCCCAGACUUCCAUUUAUUUAGCCUCUUCACCUGACGUAGAAGGUGUGUCAGGAAAGUAUUAUGGAGAUUGUAAAGAGGAAGAACUAUUGCCCAAAGCUCUGGAUGAUUCUGUUGCAAGAAAACUCUGGGAUAUCAGUGAAGUGAUGGUUGGCAUUUUAAAAUAGGAACAAGGAGUAAAAGAGCUAUUAACAAAACUGGAUAUCAGUUAUAUCUGUAAUCAGGAAUGGUGUGGCUUGAGCUCUUGCUACUCAAAAAACAAUUUUGGUUUUGCAAUAGCUCUGAUAGGAGGUACAUGUGGAUGGAUUUUUGAAGUUACUGAAAAGUUAUUUUUUGAAUAACAUAAAAUUUCAGCAAAGAUGUUUUAAAUAUAUAUAAUAAGUAUAAUGAAUAUGUAUAAUGAACAAUACAAUUAUAUUUAAAAAAUUAUCAUUGAACAAGCAUGGAUUACAAAUAUUAAAGAAUUUGGUGACUAAAAAUACUUAUCUUGAGAGGUUUUUAAAAUAUUUUUCAGUUUUAUGGCCAAAGUGUUAAAUAUGUUUACGACAAUGCUGGUUUUUGUGUGGAAGUAAUAUGCUUGGUGUGUGUGCAUGAAUCUUAGUUGGAAUAAAUUUACUGAUGGAAA